AUGGACUUCAGUCCGAGCAAGUUGAUGCAGCAGCUGCCCUCGGAGUCGACGCCAAAAUCGCUCUCGACGCACUCGCAGAAACCGUCGCUGCUCCCCGCAUUUGGCGAGGACAACUUCUCGUCAUCGCCGUUCCCGCGUCCUGGCUCCUCCAAACGCAAGUUCCAAGACGACUCGCCCUCGUUCGCGAGACAGCAGCUCAAGUACUACCCCACCCCUGUCCCUACCUCGUCCACCGGCAUCCUCGACUUCUCGUCGCCGCGUCACAUGCGGCCGGUCCUGCAACGCGCCGUGUCAGCCCUCUCUGAGCGGAUCCCCCUCGGCGCGGUGCCCACCGUCGACCUUCCCGCCAAUGGAGAACUGCUUCGUAUGGGAAGAUCGUCCAACUCUGCAGACUACCAGCUGUCGACCAACCGCCUCAUCUCGCGCGUCCAUAUCCAAGCCGCCUACCACGCCCCUACCGCCACCUACUCCCGCGGUCACAUCGACGUCGAGUGCCUGGGAUGGAACGGAGCAAAGAUCCACUGCGGUGGCCGCGUCUUCGAGCUGGCCAAAGGAGACACGUAUGUGUCAGAGAACCCAGAGACAGAGAUCAUGUUGGAUGUCCAGGACACCCGGGUCGUGAUUGCUUGGCCUGUAAUCCCAGUGUCAAAGUUCUCGUGGGAAUCUGAGGAAGAAGACAUGCCUACACCCACCCGUCGUAAUACCCAGGGCGCCUUCGACUCUAGUCCUCCCGUCAUCCCCCGUUCCCCAGUCUCGCAAAGCCCGAUGCGUCAGCCCGUCUUCGAGGCACUCGGCCCUAAUGCACCCGCUGGCGGUGUUCAGGUCUUCGAAGAUGCCGAUGCCCAGGCCGAGGGUUCCACUCUCCUUGAUCCAGAGUUGACUUUCGUUCGUCCUACUGUCUCCCCCAUUGGUUCCAGUCAGGAGGCCAUUGUUCGCGAUUCCAAGACCAGCUUUACGUCAUCCUUUGGCGAAGGCGACUACUCUGACAACGACGAGGAAAACGAUCCUGUGGUCCACUCCUUCGGACCAUUCGGGCAGAACCUUCUCAGUGGUCUUGAGUCGUUCUCAACUGCCACACCUGGUCUUGGAAACACGCCUCGUCCUCCACGUAUGCCAUUGGCCUCGCCAUCCGCAAGGCGCUCGUCCAUCGACUCGGUUCGCUUCAAGGAUUCACCAAUUAAGAACCACGUCAUCAACCAGCUGGCUUACUCUCGUGUCCACUCCCAUCCUCUGUCGACAAUCCACAGCAAUCUUCCUGCUGAGCUUAAGGCUUGUGCCAGCAAGAUCAAGAGCGUCGAAGAUUCAGCCGAUCGUAGUGCCUCAACCACACCAUUGCCCGAGUUGUCGCACGCAGAUCUGAGAAGGAUCUUGGAGCAGACUCCUUGUGUCGGGGAGAUAUCCCGUUCAGGCAAGGAUGCUGCUGGCAAACCACUUGAGAGCGAGUUUUACUACGUUCCAGAGAUGGACCCCGACCAGAUGAGGCGCGAGACCAUUACUGCCGGCAUGCGUAGCACUGGUCUUCGCUCUGUCAGGAAGACACAUAAGCAAUACUACUGGAAAAAGCCUCGCGUGUGA